GAGAUGAAUUUAGUUUUGCUUUCAUUUUUAAAGCAAACAUUACAAAACUUUCGAAACCUACAAAACUUAUUGAUUUUUUUUAAUUGUCAUUUUAACUUGCUGUUAGCAUCAAUAUAAAAUAACUAUUUGCGUAAAAAAUGAUGAUUGCAAUUUUACAUUUACUUUUAUGCAUUAGUUUUGAAUUCUUAUUAGUUUGUGGACUUUUUCAACCACAUAGCAGCAACAUUAGCAAUGAAAGCACUAUAUUUGCUCAAACUUCAAUAAAUAUUGCACUAAAACCUUCUAUUGCCAUUAGUUUUCUAUAUAAUUUCUCUGAAUCAAAAUCUAUUUUAAAAACAGGACCAACAGCCUUAACUAAAACUCCAAUAUCUAAACAAACUAGUUCUUCGAUAGCUAAAGUAACAAAAACAGUUUCUCCAACAGCAUCAACAGCCUUAUCAAAGGUUCUAAUAUCUAGCACAAUUAAUGCUCCAAUAACAACAAUCACAACUACAACAGUUUCUACAACAGCGAGUAUACGUAACUGUGCGGUUGGUUGGUUAGAAUAUGAAGAUCAUUGCUACCUUUUUAAUAAAAGAGCUAAUGGAAAAACUUGGAUUGAUGCCCAGUUAUCAUGUCAGAGUUAUGGAGGAAAUUUGUUAAGUUUAGCAGAUCAAGCAGAAAAUUCAUUUAUUCGAAGAUAUACUGGCCCUGCAUCUCGUUUAUAUGAAGACUAUUGGAUAGGUAUAAUAUUCCUCCGUGGUUUAAAAAAAAUAUUUCAAAGCAGUAUGCUUUUAAAGGUCAGCAAUGGAAUUAUAUAAUACCAGCUUUUGAUCCUGAAAAUCAACCUUUAAAAUAUGAAUUUCAAGGUGAAACUUUUGGUAUGAAAAUAUCAUCUACUGGUGUUUUAACUUGGAGUCCUGCUGUAAUUGGCAAUUAUUCCUUUGUGAUUAAAGUAACUGAUCCGUGCGGUUUAUCCGAUUCUGCUAAAUUUGAAGUUGAAACUAUGCAAUGUUAUUGUGAAGGGAAAAAUGAUGGAUUCUGCAUUUGGAAAGGAGAACCUGGCAAUAAUAAUAUGUCUAUUUGCCAAUGUCCUAAAGGAUGCUCAGGAGAACAAUGUACGCAACCAAUUGAUGGAUUAAUUUGCAGAAUUAGAGUUACAAAACAAGUUAAUGAGAAAUCAAAAAAGUUUUCUGUAACCAUCUUAACUGUUAUUAUUGUGACUUUGGUUAUAAUCUUAGCAAUAUUUGUUUUGGUGUUUGUUGUUCAUUUGAAGAAAAAGAACAAAAUCGUUUUCCAAGAAAAGGAUGAAUCAAAAGGAAACACAAAUGUGUUCAGUAAAAAAAGUGUCAUUGACUCUGCAAUACCGCUGAAUGAUCUGAAAAUCUCUAAUGAAGGUUAUAAAAACGAAGCUUUUAUUAAGAAUGAUGAAAUCCAAAUAAAAUGUAGAAAAACUGCUUGGCAAACGUGAAACCUUAGUUUAUAAUAAUUAUUUUAUUUAUAAUAAUUAUAUUUUUAUUUCUAUACACACGAAAUAACAAUAGUAAAAAGCGGGCCUUUAAGGUGGUUGACUCUUAUUCCAAACACUAUUUUUUCCGAAAAGUUAUAGAAAGUGAUUUUUAUUUAUUUUAAACAUUGUAAGAGUUCUUACUUUCAUUUUAUAAGUUCUUUUAUUUCUUCAAAUUUGCAUAUAAAUCGGUCUAAUACUCGGUAUAAAUUUUCACCCCCUCCCUCCCCCUUGUCACAAGACGUCACAAAAGUUUAAACUCCCCUUAGAAUAUUACGUCACAAUUUCAUGACCCUUUCCUCUUUGAUAAAUGUUGUAUUAUUUUUAUAGGUAGCUAAAUAUUAAAUAUUUUUCAAAAUGGUUGUCAUGUAUGUAUUUUUAAUGGGAAAAAGACAAUGGGCAACGAAAA